UUUCCCCAUGUCCAAGACCCUAGCCAGUCAUCUGAACCUGUGUCUAAGACCUCCGGAUUAGUUAGUGAUGACACCCCAUAUGUGAACUCUAGCACUUAGAGGUUGCAUUCAUGGUGAAGAGAUGUUAGGGAUUGAGAGAUUAAGCAUGCGCAUUUUUCGCAUCAUAUUGUCCUGACCCCACUGGUCGAGAGUGAGCGAUUCAUUUUCUCUUAUUCUCUAUACUCUUUAUCCCGGUGAGGACCUAGAUUGCUCGGUCUUAAUUCUGAUAUCUUGAACUUUGUGCAUGAUGUGACUGUUUUGAACAAGUGGUUGAGUCAAGUCUAUGUUGGUUGGUGAACAGAAGGGAGACUCUUCCUUUGCUCAAUUUUACUGCAUUCGAAUGUCAUCUGUGGUGGUUGUCUAGGUUGUCAUUGAAGUUGUCCAUGUGUUACUGAUCGAGCCAAUAUGAUCCACGUGUUUUGUGCCGAUAUAUCAUGCCUUGUUGUUUUGAGCUUACCUUGUGUCUGACUUGGUUUGCUUGGGGACAAGCAAACGGUUAAGUGUGGGGGAAUUUGAUAACGAUGUAAUUGCAUGUAUUUGCACCCCUAAUUCUUAUCCGUUUGAGAGGCAUAGUCGUGUAUUUUGGCCUAUUUUACGCCGGGUUGUGCUAUUUUGUCAUAUUUCAGGUCCCAGGCGUCAAAGGAAAGGCUAAGCACGAGUUUCGGGGCAUUCGGAGGUCAUUUCGUCAAGCUGGAGCCAAAACACGGGCAGACCUAAAACAGAACACGGUCGUGUUCUGUGGCCGUGUUUUUACUGCCGAGAGCAAAUUCAAGUGGGGCAAACAUUGGCUAAAAACACGGGCAGAAGCACGACCGUGUCCAUUCAAAGCACGGCCGUGCCCACCACCAAACACGCCCGUGUUUCGGCCAAUGCACAGGCCGUGUAAUUAACCCUAGCCAAAACACGGGCGGGCUGAGGCAUUACACGGCCGUGCCCUCGACCAUGUUUUGGCCUCUGAUGCCUUUUUAAGCAGAUUUUCAGCCAAAGAGAAGGGGAUUCGAGUUUUUGAGAGAGAGAACGAUUCCUAGAGAGAGAAAGCGACGAACAAGAGUCUCCAAGCGCCCUAGCUUGAUCUUCAACACCAUUGGAGGCCAGUUUGAGCUUGGAGAAGUGCCGAUCAACGUCCAGGAGCAGGAAUCCAUCCUUCACAGUAUGAAUUCCGCGUCUGAUUCUGCUUUUGCUUCUUUCUCCAUGGAGUAGUUCUCCCAUUCAUCUGGGUAUGGAGAACCCUAGAUUUGUAUGUUAGGCUUUGAUUGUAUGAACCCAAGUACUGAUUCUAUGAUUUGAUUAUAUUCAAUUGAUGUUUGAAUGAUUGAAUGGCAUGAAUCCUGAUCAAAUUCCUGUUGUUUCUGCUUUAACCUAGAAUGAGAAUAUCUGCCUAGGUUGAUAGAGCAUCCUUGAUUGAAGGUAGGGAGUUGGUGACUUUAGUCGAGGAGCCAACUCACUAUUCUGUACCGGAUUUACUCCGGUAGUGGAGGUUUUGUUUGUUAAGGCCUCAAUCUGUUUACUCCGGUGGAGGUUAGUCGCCCGCUAGAGACUCAGAUUGAGAGGGUCUGAAGACCUUUAGUCGAGACUUCAGGCUGUUUAAGAACCUUCCGCAGUAUAACUAUCAUAGAAACUGAACUUGGUAAUUACAAUCCGGUUUAACUGCAGUCUAGGGGGAACCAUAUCCGGGUGACCUCUCUUAACUUGAAUACAACCGUUUGUUUGCUUUGUUAGUUUGUUAGUUUAGACUUGCAUUAAAGUUUCAUUGCUAGAUAACAAGAAUUCACUGAGUAGUCAUCAAAUCUAGGACCCGGGUUGAUAAUUAAACCCAAACCCGCUAUACUACGCUUUAGGAAGUGGUUUCACUUGGCCAAUUCUGGUGAAUAAGAAUAUUUCUGCCUGGUGCCGUGGACUAGUCCCAACAAUCAAACGUUGGGGAAACCACGUAAAUCUCGUCUUCCACGAAGGCUGAGUACAGGUCUAUGAGUGAAGUGACCUCUGAGAUAGUUUGGUUGCAUCGUCUGUUGACUGAGCUUGGUGUUCAGUGUCCGCUCCCUGCACGGUUGUAUGCCGAUAACACCAGUGCGAUCAAGAUUGCUACUAAUCCCGUCCUCCAUGACCGGACGAAGCACAUUGAGGUACAUGUUCAUUAUAUCAGGCAGUUGGUGGCUGACGGUUCGGUGGCAUUAUCGUACAUUACUUCGGAGGAUCAGACGACAUAUCUUCUAACAAAAGCAGUUUCAUCAUCUCGGCAUUGGUUUCUGGCUCACAAAUUGAUGUUGCGUCAGCAUCAUCAAUUUGAGGGAGGGUGUUAGAAGAUCAAGUAUCAAAUUGUAAUUAGCCGUGAUAUUAAGGAGUUAGUAUGUUAAUUGCCGUUUAACCUAGCAUGGUCUGUACAUAUAUAUGUGUAUUAGGGCAGCCGAUCUUGGUACUUUUCUGGUGAAUAAGAAUAUUUCUGCCUGGUGCCGUGGAUUAGUCCCAACAAUCAAACGUUGGGGAAACCACGUACAUCUCAUCUUGUUCUUCCGUUCUUGAUUAUAUUUGACAUAAGAAGGAUCGACGAUGGAAAUCGGGACAAUGGUGUAAGAGAUAAGAUGACAAGCAAAUGAAAUGAGCGAGGUCAAAUGACGAUUUUGGGGGAAGACAAUGAAAUAAGGCGAUGGUACGCGACCUAUGAUUUUUCUCUUGUCUCAGCUCCAUGUUGAUUGAGCAUUUGAGUGUAUUGAACCCCUUGAUUAGUAAUUGAAAUUUCAAGCAAAUGAAAUUAGCGAGGUCAGAAGUUCUGUUGCCACAUCACAAAAAAAAAACUGACGGACGGAGUUAAAUGAAGUCCAACGUAGACUGAUGAUCGGUGACUAAUGAUGAAACGAUUUGUAAAGAUAGUGAUGAAUAAAAACGAAAAGUAAUUCGAACGACAGACAAACGUGAAAAGCUUUUAUGUAAUUUGAGUGACUGAUUUAUCCGAAUCUCAUUGUGACUAUCCAUCCCAUGCAAGGUUGUCAACCCGCGGGUUGACUCACUUUGACACUAACCCAGUGAGAAAAAACGGUCGCACGCACCCGCCGGGUCAACCGCUACAAGGUACCUGGUUGGAGGUCAAAUUGUGUCAUUUUGCGAAAUGCGCCUAUUUAACGAUUUUUCUUUUCGCCUGACUCAAUCUUUGGAAUCCUUAGUUGAACAUUUGAAUAUUGAUGUUAUUAGUUAUUACUCAUAUGUUAGAUGAGAUUUGAUAUAAUUUAUUACGAUAAGUACAAUAUAAUAUAAUGACUUUUUCUAUAUUUCCAGUCUAAAACGAGCUAAAACGGGUGACCCGUCAACUCUUGACACACUAACUCGACCGGGUCCGAGUCAACCCACUGGUUAGACAACCUUAAUCCCAUGUGUGUACUCGAGUUCAUCAGGCUUUGAAUUUUUUUUUUUGGUAUUCAAACCGUGGGAAAUCUGCCAUUUGCAUUUCAUUUCCCCGUUACAAAAACAAACUCCGACACAAUCUGUAAACGAAGAUGAUGAUGAAUCUAGGAUUUAAAAAAGUAUCUCUUCUUAA